AUGGCCAGUAUAGACGCGUUUUCGGAUCUUGAGCACCGAAUGGAUGUGUUCCAAAAGGACGUGGCCCAGGUACUGGCACGUCAGCAAAACCAUGCGCGCCAGCAGCUGCAACAGUUCCAAGCGGAAAUGCGUCAAUUAUAUAACCAACAUCAACACCUCAUAGAUGAACUGCAACGGCUUGCCACUCAGCGCACCGCUCUGCAGCAACAGAUACAUGCAGCCCAACAAGCUACAAACACUACCAGAGAGCAAUGGAGAAGCUACCACGAGCGUGAAUGUGAGUUAUCUAGACGACAAUCGACCCUGGCAGCUCAAUCGCGCGAGCUGGACUCGCUGCUGCAACAGCGUGGUGAAGAGUGUAACCAAUUACGCGCACGUUGGGCUGCGCAGUCGGGUAAUGAUGCAGCAGAGGUCGCACUGUACGAACGGCUGUUGCAACUUCGAGUGGUACCCGGAUCCAGUGAUGUGCACGACGUACGUUUCGUAUUCGGUGAUGAUGAGCAUUGCUGGAUUGAGAUCGCGAUGCACGGAGAUCACGUGGUUGGAGAAUCUCACCCGGAGCUAAGUGUUGAAAACCGGGCAACACUUGAGCACGUGCUUGCCGUCGAGGGCGACCUCGCGGCAUUUCUAAUCGUGGUACGCGAUAUGUUACUAGAAUCUUUAUAA